AUGAAGCUACUACACAAGGACUUCACGCUGAACCGACCAGGAACGGUCAAGAUCAUCCCCCAAGAACCCGAUGACCUAUGGGUGGUUUUCAACCUCAUCGCCAAAGGAGACAUCGUCACCGCCGAUACGACUCGUAAAGUUCGCCUGGAUCUCAACAUGACGACUGCCUCACGUGUCAAAGUCGCCGUCACCGUCAAAGUCACGUGCCGCGACUUCCAGAAGGAUUCUUCCACCGUGUGCGUUCACGGCAGGAACAUCGAGGCCAGCAAGUACGUCCCCUGCGGCUCAUUCCACACCUUGACCCUCGAAAUGAACAAAUGCUUCGAACUCUCCAAAAAGAUUUGGGAUUCUACUGCUGUGGCCGUAUUAUACGAAACCUCCAAGAAAUCCCCCGGCGCUGACCUCGCCGUGUUUCUUAUACAAGAGGCUCAAGCAGAGGUUUAUUUGGUCGGGAACGGGCUAACCACGCUCUGCUCUAAAAUCGAAGAUUCACAGACCGGAGUGAAAUCAGCCAGCAACAUGUUUUUCCGAGACAUCUUUAACGUCUUCGUGAAGCAUGUGAAUUUCCGUACAAUUAGAACCGUACUGAUAGCGGGUGCUGGACCGACAAAAGACGAGUUUCGGAGGUUUCUGCUCUCAGAAGCGAAAAGAUUGAAGAUGAAAGCAAUCGAGAACAAUAAGCCGAGGAUUGUGGUAGCAGAAUGUAAGGGAGAUCUGAAGAAGGUGCUGAAUGAAAAGAGGGUGAUGAAUAUGAUAAAAGACAGCAAUGUGGUGCUGGAGAUUAGAGCUUUCCGAGAGCUGUGUGAAUUGCUGGACAACAAGUCGGGUCGGGCAUGUUAUGGGACGAAGCAUGUGGAGGCUGCGCAGGCGAUGAUGGCGAUCGACACGCUGCUGAUCACGGACGAUUUGUACAGAAGCUCAGAUGUGAAGACGAGACAUAAGUAUGCCAAGUUGGCAAAAUCAGUGGGAAAGGGAGGAGGCAAAGUGCUGGUAUAUACCUCCAUGCAUGUCUCAGCAGAACAGCUUGCCCAGCUCACGGGUGUCGCAGCCAUUCUGAGGUUUCCCUUGCCCGACCUUGAUGGUGAUGACGUGGAUGUUUAA